UUCUGGAUUUUUCAUCAGUUAUAUGCAAUUUGACACCUCACUGCAUGAUCCACAGAUGAUGGAGUGAGUAAGUUAAGUAGUGCCCACCCUUUGCUCUGAACUGAACUUGCCCAGUUCUGUUCCUCCACCCCUGCUCACCAUCCUCCAGCACACGCCCAGUGAUUUAACAGAAAACCAGCAACAACAAGAAAAAAAGUUUGGAGAAGACGUGGUUGGGCGUUGUGUGGAAGAAGAAGCAGGAAAAAAGGAGGAAAAAUCGUCAGAAGUGUCUUUUUUUAUCACGAACUCAACAGAUCAGAGAUGGAGUCGGCUAUUAAGACAGUGGUCCAGCAGUUCCUGAGCUCGGCACGCGGGAAGGAGAACCUCGGAGCAAAGAAUUUCCAAAAACUGGUCCAGAGUCAGCUGGGAAACAUCAUGUCUGACACAGACAGCUCAUCAGCAGUGAAGGAUAUGAUGCGUGGCCUGGAUGACAAUCAGGACGGGAAGGUCAGCUUCCAGGAAUACCUGAACCUGGUGGGUUACGUGGCGAACGCGUGGAGCGAGAGGAAAACCGGCACCCAGAACAGCGCAGCCAACUGAGAGACAGACGUGUGCUCAAAUAAAAAUAUAGUUUUUCUCCAACAUUCCACCAAAAAAAAAAACUGGCCAUUAAAACUAGGGGUGGGUGAUGUGUGGUAUUGGUAUUGCACUAAAUCACAUUGUGCACAGUGUGCUUAUCUCAGUGUAUCGCAGGUAUAUCUGCGUAUAUAUAUAUAUAUAUCUGCGUUCAGUCAUGCUAACGUUGCUAAUAAUGAAUGGAAGCUAAUAAAACGCUACAAAUCAGCGAAUCAGUGAUCAGUGUUGACUCUUCAUUCAUUAUUAUCAAGUUUAGCAUGACUGACAGAUCUAGAACUAUGCUUUAAAACUGGAUAAUAACUGCAGAACUGGCUGAUUUUUAGUAGAAUAGCAUUUAUUACUGUAUUUAGCAGCUGCUUCAUCUAAUUUUGGGCACUUUUCUUUAUGCAUCUCAAUUUUACAACAUGCUCAUAUUGCCCACCCCUGUUUAGACUUCCUGUUUGCCUGGAAAUAAUGGUGCUCAUGCCAAAGAAAUCUGUUACAGAGCUGUUUUAGCCCAGUGGAAACCAAUCCUGACCCUAUGGAAGCCCAUUCCCACCACCUAAAAAAUAAAAUAAUGCAGCACAUUUUUAAAAUUAUUAUUAAGUGAACUUCUAUCUCAAUAUUUUGACAUAUUAAGUCAUUAUUUUGAGAAACUAAGUCAUUAUUUUGAGAUACUAUCUUUUUUUUGAGAUACUUUCUCAUUAUUUUGAGAAACUAAGUCCUUAGUUUCUCAAAAUAAUGACCUGGUAUCUCAAACUAUUGAGAUAGUAUCUUAAAAUAAUGACUUAGUAUCUCAAAAUAUUGAGAUAGUAUCUCAAAAUAAUGACCUAGUAUCUCAAAAUAUUGAGAUAGUAUCUUAAAAUAAUGACUUAGUAUCCCAAAAUAUUGAGAUAGUAUCUCAAAAUAAUGACUUAUUAUCUCAAAAUAUUGAGAUAGCAGUUAAUUUAAUAAUAAUGUGCUGGAUUAUUUUAUUUGUUUAGGUGUUGGGAAUGGACCAGUGAUCACAAUAUCACGUCCAGCUCUUCAGGGACAGGAUUGGGAACCACCAUUAUUGACUAAAUCAAUUCUUAUUAAACUGGAUCAAACUCUGUAAACGUGCCAGGAAAAAAACACUAAAUGUUAUUAAAAUAUCAGAUUAUGUGCUUUAGACCAAAUCAUGACAAUCAAAUUCAACUAUAGUAUAUGCACAGUAUUCAUCUCCUGAAUGCAACGCACCUCUGAUGUUGAUUUUUAUGUCUCUGAAUGUCUUUUUGUACUUUACAUUUUACACAGCAAUAAAAUGAAUAAUGACUCGUA